AUGCCAUUGUUUGACAGUGUUCGGAAUUUUGUGAAUUCUACGACUGAGUUGAAGGUGAAGCAAGCCACGGAUGACAGCGAGGUUCUAUCGUCGUCGACGGGGACUGUCAUGAAUGAGAUUUCAGUGCUUACUUACAGUCCCAAGACGUUGAAAGAGAUCCAAUCUGUGCUGAGAAAGCGGUUCCACUUGAUGUCUACACUCCCGCGGAAAGUUUUGCACAGGAGCUGUCUGAUCGUUUUGAAAACGCUGACUCUCAUUCUGUUCCUGUUGAAUAACGGCUCCAAUGCGUUUGUGAGUUGGAUAAAGAGCAAUGUGGGUGCGUUCGAACCCUUGCAGAAUGUUCCGAUCACAGAAUUUAGCUUUACAGACAAGGCGGACCUGCCGAUGUACGAACAGAUACGACAAUCUGCGUCGGACAUUCUACAACUAAUUGGGGACGACAAUCUAUUGGAGGAGAGAAGAAGAGACGUCAUCCAGUUCCGUUCUAGCAUAUCGUCCCCCGGGAGGAAAUCGACGGAUAACAGCCAUUUGCAAAAAUACAGUUACGAACGGUUCAGCAACGAGAUUGGGAGAAGUCUCUCUGAAAAUAUUGGUGGGGUCAACUCCUCCUCGCUUACUGGUAACGAGGAGGUUGGUACCGGUAGACCUGGGAUGAUACCGACGCAGAGCAUUAAGCGGCGGAUGUUUGGCUUACGAAGUAAUCUGGCGCCGAGCGAUGAUCCGCAGGUUCCCGAUGAGGAGAGCGUUGAAGGUUCCGGCGAGAGUAGUGGUCGACUGACGAGCAUCAAGGGUUACAUCUCCAAGCUACAUCAUUUGGACCCAUUGACCGAAGAGGAGACACCCAUCCCGGCCCCAAGUCACAUCCUACUGUCACCAGCUAAUCGCAAGACAGAGAGCACGGACGCGACACGCGAAUUGGAGGGCACAAAGCCUUGGGCUCGCACGUCAUCGUUCACAAACAAGUUCCGUCCAUCCAAUCCCUUUGCGUAA